GAGAAUUUUCUCUCACGUGGGCCGCGAACGGGCCGUCGUGUAUCAAGCGGCUGCUGCCGUGGUCGGCACUCGGCAGCGAGGGACGGGAAGCGAGAGGAGGCGCGUACGCAGGCGCAUAAAGGACGACGAGUGCGGGCGCGCGAGUGAGAGGUGAGCGUGUGCGGCGUGAGUUCGAGCGAGUACGCGUGAGAACUCGGGCGGCGCGCGGAGCGCCAGUUGUGCCGCAGCUUUAUCUGUAUUAUGCGCCGCUGAGUGAAUUGUCAAGUGAAAUCAGAAAUGGCUGCCAACGAGCAACAACGUAAGAUCGCGCAGUCAGUCGCGAUAUUUACAUCGGCCAGUCGAGCAGCUGUCAGUGCGCGCAAGGCGAACAGUGCGACGUUCGGUGUGCCGAGAGACGAGGGGAAAAUGUGCGACGAUGAUGAUGAGCCACGCGAAACCCGGGAGCCAGCCCACCAUGCGAGACGUCCCAUGAACGCGUUCCUCAUCUUCUGCAAGAGACACCGCGCGUCAGUGAGAUCGAGUUACCCGCACCUGGAGAACCGAGCUGUCACGAGAGUCUUGGGCGAAUGGUGGGCGACGCUGCACCCUGAUCAGAAGCGUUCCUACACGAACCUCGCGCAGGAGUACAAGGAUGCGUUUCUCAACGCGAAUCCUGAUUUCAAGUGGUACAAAUUGCCGGCACCACCGCUUCGCACCUUGAACACUAGGCCUACCAACAAGAAGCAAGAAUCGAGCAGCAGCAGCAGCGGCGGCGGCGGCGGCGGCGGCGGCGGAGGUGGUGGAGGCGGCGGUGUGCAGUCUGUGGUCAGUGUCAAGCUCGAGUACGAGUCUUCCGAUUGUACAAAGUCAGACAGGCGGGACGGACAGUCGAUUCAGCCGGGCAAGUUGGCGGACGAGUCGCAGAUCGGCGGCCUCAGUUCCCUCUUCACUCCUAUAAAGACAGAGCCGUCUGAGGAGGAGACCACGUUCAACGGUAUAGCGACGGAAAGCGAUGCUGUGCCGAAACCACCCAAGAAGAGGUACACGGAAUCACCGUUCCAAGGUGACCAGAAGAGAGACUGCAAGGCAGACCUGUUCGGUGAGAAGAAGAGGAAAAGAGCCGAGUCGAAUAACAACGAGCAACAGGAGACGAUCGUGGAGGACGAGAAACACACGUUAAAUUCUUUCCUGACGACACCGCCGGAGGAGAGUAACUUUCGCAGCGAGAGGACGUGUAAGGGUUUGCGUUAUCAGAAAUUCCUUGCCGAGCAGAUGAAAAAUAUCGGUCCAUCUGGCCAACAAAGCAAGCGGAAACGAGUGGCUACGAGCCAGAGCUCCGAAGAACGCCCGAACGAAAGAAGGAAUUCUAUUUCCUCGAAUGUCAGCGAAAAGACGGAUUCGUUGAGCAGCGAAGGAGGGAAUAGCUCUCGCGGGGAGUUGGAACACCUUGUGGAAAGUGCCGAGGGAAACAUGGAAGCUUCCAAACCCGAAGACACGGAAACCGAAGGAGCCGAGGCUCAGUUAGAUUUUGGACCUUGGACGGCGCGCAAAAGAUUUCGAGCUGAGGAUUUCAAUCUAGAAAAGAAGAUCGAGGCGUUACCAUCGUUAAGUUUAGAAGAAUUUCAAGAGAAAAAAAAGCAACAACGUACGAAGAAGAAGAAAAUUCUGCAAAAGUUCAACUCCACGGCAAGCAGCAGAAAGCACCAAAAUAAUUCUUCCGCUGGACAGACGAACGGCCAAACUGCUCGAAGAGCAGCAGCGCAUGCGACGAAUGAGGGCUUCGAGGAAUCGGAGAAAGCCCUUCUUGUGGGAAGUCAGAAACGGAAAGCACGAAAACAAACCAUCACGAGGAACGCUGCGGCAAUCAAUUCCUUCAUACACUCUGAAGAACAAGAACCAAAUAAAUCUUGGUGCGCGUCUCCGGAUCUUGAAGCUUUAGCGUGUCUUGCAACGGUUGCCGCCAACAGAACAAAACUUACCAAAAAUAAUCCUUAAACACGUUACCGACCGGUCGAUGGAUAUGACGACGAAUGAAGUAUGCCAGAUAGGAUCGCACUAUGAGAGCUGAAACUUUAUUUUCCAGAGUUUUUUCCAUGCAAUUUCCUAUCAUUGGGACUAUUAAGAUAUAUUUCUUCAAGUGCUGUUAUAUAUUAUAUACUGUGGCGGUAUCGGUGACGAUAUCGAUAAUGAUUACUGUUAAUAUCUUUAUUGUUAAUCUUUACUAUUACGAAUUUUAAUGAAUUAUGACUGCUAUUGACUAUAGACUAUUCCAUUAUUCAGUAUACGUGAGGGAGGUGUUCUCUUUUUACUUGGAACAAUUGUUUUGUCAACGAAACAUAUAAGGAGAGAAAGUUUUGCUUCUCUAUAGUCUUGUGUUUUGUCAUGAGAGAUCAUUUUUCAGUUUUACGGUUUGGGAAAUUAUAUGAUUUUAUUCGCACGUUGCACCUAAGUGUACAUGGAACAAUGUUGAAUCGUCUAGUACAUUAUAUAAUUACUUUUCCCACAAAUAGAUAUAAAUAUUUUAUUAUACAUUACUAAGUUCGCAACACUUUUAAUUGUUCAUGCAUUUUCUCCUCAACAUUUACAUAGAUCAAUUUAAUGGAACGUGCUUACGGGGAAAUUCAGUCACGGGUCAUACCGAUGAUAAAUCUGAUAAGAUAGCGCAUAGCUAUGAGGACUGUGACUAAUAUGAGAGUAGAUAGAUCGAUUUGAAUGACUAAGACAAUGAUAAGAGACAAGCACAAGGUAUACGGUCUAUUUUCUUACAAAAGAUUUAUCUUAUGUUGCUAAGCUGUUACUUUUCGUUUACACACUGGACAAAUUGGAUCGUUGUUUCCGUUACAUUAAUUCGACAAAAAUUGUGUAAUAUUUGGGAGGAACUUUUUUUUUUUUUUUUUUCCCCAAUAUAAAAAUAUUUCAUCUCACGCGUUGUAUUCCCUAGCGGCGUUUUAUGUACAUAGGUAUAGGUGCAGUAUUAUAUACAAAUGCGAAAUCAUGAAUAUCCUUCACGAUAAGACCUGAACAUCAAAAAAGGAUAUAAUCAAAAAUAUGGAUAUACACAUACACAUUCAUGCGAUCGCUGUUUAUAUGUUGAUACAUGCAUACGUGCGUAUAAACACGUGCGUACACGUGUAAAUUUAAAUAUGUACAGAAGAAUUAAUCGUAUAUGCGCGUGCAUGUUAGACGAGUGGCCCUUUAUAUUGAAAUAUGUGUAUAUCCGUGUAUGCAUGUAAUAUAUAGCUUUAAGAUUAUUCAUACAUAUGUGAAUGUAUAUUUAUAAUAUUUAUAUCAGCUAUAUAUUAUCUUACUAUAAUAAGACCACACGAGGACGUGUGUGUGUGUGUGUGCGUGUGUGUGUGCGUGCGCGCGCGACUUUGUGCUCUGUUUGAGAAAGUAAGAGACUUGUCUGUGAUUUCGGCUAAAGGAAUUUUUCAUAUUUUAUAUUUUUCUAUUGAGUUUCUUUUCUGUUUUUCUCUUUUAUUCUCUUUCUCCCC